AUGGCCCGUGCAAAGCGCUCCAUCGAGGAGAUCGCGAACAAGUCUGACUCCGACGAUGAUGACUACAGCGACCACCCUGUGCGCUCAGCUCGACAAGCUAUCUCCAGAUCAAAGGCGAAUGCGAAAUCAAAAAGGAAGGCAAAGCCGGCGAAGAAGCGGAGACGUCGCAGUUCUGAUGAUGAUAUUCUAUCUUCUUCUGAUGAUGAUCUCUCAAGUGAAAUUGAGGAAUAUUCAUCUCACGAGUCGGAAGAUGAAGAUCUCAAUGCGGAAAGGAAUGCGAGAGGCACCGUUCGUCGAAGGGCAGCGAGGAAUAUACCCACUUACAAUGUGGAUGAUUCCAACAGCGGAGCGAGUGAGGGCCAAAGCGAAGAUGACGAGAUAGCCGAGCCAGAUUCUCCCCCGAAGAAAAAAGGAAGUACUAUCCUCAAACUACGAGUAGGCGCCCUUAAACGACAAGCGAACCCAGAUGGUGAAAAUAACGCCAAUUUUCCCGUUACCAGAAGGACAACUAGGCGGACGCGUGAUCCAUCGGAAGAUAUCUACGCGCUUACGAACUCUGGUCGCCAUGUCGAAACCAUCGAACGAGGCACCCAGAGUCCGGAAAUGGAAGCGAAACGGCGUACACGUCGGGGAAAUAAGGGUACUCGUUCUCCAAGUCAUGCCCUUGUGGAGGAGACUGAGGCCAUCGCGGAAGCCAAACAGGAAGAAGAGGAGAUGGCAGACACCACGGCAGAGAUCAAAGGUUCUCAAAUGGAGAUCCAAGAAAGUGCGCACGGUUCUUUUGUAGACACAACUGCCGAGAGCGUUAAUGCUGAGGCUGAAGUGAUCGAAGAGGAAGGCUUCAUUCCCGAAUCCCAGAACGGUGAUGCGAAACAGCAUGGCGAGGAUGAUGACGAUGAUGACGAGGGCCCAACGACAAGAAGAAGAAGCAGACAAAGCCGGCAACAGGUUUCAGAGGAGGCUGAACUGGCAGAGCCAGAAGAGAAAGAGUCUACGCAGCUACGUCGAUCUAGCCGCAAAAAGCCUCCCAGGAGUUCCCAGCGGCGACACGAUGAUGAGGAGAGUGAUUUCGAACCAGAAGAGGAGGAAUCUAACGACGAAGAUGAUGAUAUAUCUCAGUCGGAGAAAUCAAACGGUUCCCCCAAAAAGGGAAGCCAAGUCCAGAACGAUGAGGAUGAAACUUCUAGCCGCCGUCCUGGCCUGCGUAAAAGAAAACCGCGUCACCGAGGAGAAUCUGAAGGAGCAAAUGAUGUUGCGGAGGAACUCGCGGAGGAGCUGGAAGAUCUCAGGUCUGACCGUCCUCGUCGGAGGACGCAACCUGAAAUAAUCUACGAGAAGCCUCGACGGAGUAGGAAGGAUGUUGAUUAUAGAAUCAUCCGACCGGACCUUUUUCUGCCUAUCGAGGAAGCUGAAAAUGAAGUUACCGAAUCACCUUCUCGUCGUGGUCGGGGUGGCGGGAGCGCAUGGCAACGCUCUUUAUUCCCGACGUAUGGACCAUUUGGCGGCGGUGGACCAUCGGCUAUCCUAGCGCCACCUGGUGCCCCUGCUGCAGCGGGAGGAGUAGAAAGUGAUAGCAGUGAUGACGAGGCAAUACCACAGCCAAGGACACCAGGUGCUGCUUCUGGUCACAUCGCAGGCAGUGGCAUCGUUGCUCCCGUUCAGACUCAUGGAGCUGAUGCCGUGCAGGGGCUUUCUGGGACGCCUGCGAAUCUUGGGAAGAUCAAAGACAAGCAAACCCUCGCCGAUGCAGAUUCACUGGGAGUUGACGUCAAUGUCAACUUCGAUAGUGUUGGAGGACUGCAAGGGCAUAUCGACCAGUUGAAAGAGAUGGUGUCUCUCCCAUUACUGUACCCUGAAAUAUUUCAGCGCUUCCACAUCGUUCCUCCACGGGGCGUUUUGUUCCAUGGGCCUCCUGGAACAGGGAAAACAUUGUUAGCUCGUGCUCUAGCGAACAGCGUCAGCACCGAAGAGCGCAAGGUGACAUUCUAUAUGAGGAAGGGUGCAGAUGCGCUCAGCAAAUGGGUCGGUGAAGCCGAAAGACAGCUCCGACUCCUCUUUGAGGAAGCUCGCAAAACGCAGCCUAGCAUCAUCUUCUUCGAUGAAAUCGACGGACUGGCGCCGGUAAGAUCGAGCAAACAGGAACAAAUCCAUGCCUCCAUCGUUUCAACGCUAUUGGCAUUAAUGGAUGGUAUGGAUGGUCGUGGCCAAGUCAUCGUUAUUGGCGCUACCAAUCGACCGGACUCCAUUGACCCUGCCCUGCGUCGCCCGGGCCGCUUUGAUCGCGAGUUUUACUUCCCUCUCCCAAAUACAGAAGGCCGACGAGCUAUUUUGGAUAUCCACACCAGGGGAUGGGAUCCGCCACUGCCAGAUCCUAUAAAAGACGAGUUAGCCGAACUAACCAAAGGCUACGGUGGAGCGGACUUGCGUGCGCUUUGCACAGAAGCUGCACUUAAUGCGGUGCAAAGGAGGUAUCCCCAGAUCUACAGGUCGAAUAAGAAACUUCUUAUAGAUCCCAAGAAGAUCGACGUCACUCCUAAGGAUUUCAUGCUUGCGAUCAAGAAGAUUGUUCCCUCGUCAGAGAGAUCGACGUCUUCUGGUGCUUCCCCGCUUCCCAAGGUCGUCGAGCCGUUACUACGCCGCCCACUGGCCGAGAUCCGACGCUUGCUAUCGGAAAUUCUUCCUCAGACCAAGAGACUCACUGCUCUCGAAGAAGCUCAAUAUGAGGAUCCGCAGGAAGCAGCUGAUUUUAGACGGGAGCGAUUGCAUCAGGAAUUCGAGAUGGCGCGAAUUUUUCGACCCAGGGUGCUUGUCCGUGGAAGUCAAGGCAUGGGGCAACAGUAUCUGGGGGCUGCUCUUCUACACCAUUUUGAAGGCCUUCAUGUUCAAGCUUUCGACCUUGCAACCUUGUUGAGUGACUCAACUAGGUCACCCGAAGCGGCUGUCAUACAACUUUUUGCCGAAGUUAAGAGGCAUAAACCCAGCGUUAUCUACAUACCAAAUAUCCAAACCUGGUAUGAGACUGUGGGACCUACAGUGAUCUCAACCUUUCUCAGCCUCUUGCGUUCAGUUCCUCCAAUGGAACCAGUUUUACUACUUGGGGUCCUGGAAACUACCGCGGAAGGGACGGAUCCCACAUUGUUGAGAAAUCUGUUCGGGUUUUCGAAGAGAAAUAUCUAUGACAUCAGUCCUCCGGAUCAUUCUGCUCGGUAUGAGUUCUUUCAAAAGCUGGUAGAGUAUAUCAAAACUCGACCGGCUGACUUCCCGGACCCUGAACGGCGCAAAAAGCGGAAGCUUGAAUCCUUGGAGGUUGCUCCGCCGCCACCACCAAAGCGGCCACCACCUCCUACGAAGGAGCAAUUGAAGGCUCAGAAGAAGAAAGAUCACCAGACCUUGAAUCUUCUAAAGAUUAGAAUCCAGCCCAUCAUGGACCAAAUAAAGAAGUAUAAGCGUUUCAGGACAGGAGUCAUUGACGAGUCACAAAUACGAUACCUUUGGGAGGAAGAAGAUCCUAACAUUGUGACCUCCGAUCUGCCAAUUGAACAGCGCACAACCUUCCGGCCUUUCGAAAAGGCGUAUGACAAACACGGUACUCUUGGCCUUAAGGAAGCAGUUUCUGGCAAGUUCUUCUAUAAUUUAGAGAUUGUGACUAUCGAGAAGCGCCUCUCAAAUGGGUUCUACAAGCGGCCAAAAGAUUUCCUUGCGGACAUCAAACGAAUAGCCAAGGAUGCGCGGCAAUAUGGUGAUCAGGAACGGCUAUUAAGAGCCAAUGAACUUCUAUCCAACGUUGAAGUUGAUAUCGCCACCAUUGAGCAGACUGAGCCGGGUCUUGUAGCGGAAUGUGAGGCAGUCUAUCAACGAGAACUGGAGAGGGAGAAGAUAGCAAUGGAGAAAGCGAAACAGGCCAAAGAAGAGGAAACCUUCGCCAGUCGGCCAGUUGCCGAUCAUAAUGUCCCUGUUGGGAAUACGGAAUCAACGGAGACAUCUGGCCCCGUUGUUCUAGGUGAACGGUUUCCAGAUGGUGAGCCAAAAAGGCCAGCACAACCGACUACUCCUUCGCGGCGGUCGACAGUGAGCUUCAUGACAAACGGUUACCGUAACGGCGGUGGUUCCGAGUUCAACAGCCUUAGCAAUAAUGUUACUACGAACAGCGGGGACGCUGACGGCGAUACGUAUAUGACGAAUUCAGACGGCCAUUCAGUGAGGGACACACAGAACAGUUCAUUUGGUCCAUCAGCACAACCAAGGCCAGCUUAUUCCCAUACGGCACCCUCUCAGCAGGUUAGGCGAGAGUCAGGCAUCUCAAGUCUGUCACAAAGGGGUCCGAUGACCCCCAUGGCCCCUGGAUCGCAACCAAACGACUACAUAAAUGAAGCAUCGACAACGCAAACGACAUCCGGGAAGAAGUCAUCAGAGCAGUCCUCCGUACCUCAGUUUCACACUCAGAGCCCCCCCGUGACAGGAUAUCCGGACCUCACUCUAUAUCCAGACCGUAUAUCCCAGGAAGACCACCUCCCGGACACUCAGCAAGAAUUUCCAAACUCCCAGAAAAGUGUACCGAACGGCAGUCAAUCGCAGAAGCAACAGCCCCCGGUACCAUUGUUUGACGCUUCCAACUCUAGAGAGCCGUCACGUUUACCCCAGUCGCAUAAUGAUGAAGAUGGUUCCUCUGAGUUCAUUCUCGACCCAAGACAUGUCGAGGACCUCCAUACACAUCUCACGCAGAGGACAAGUGGAUGCUCUGUAGAACAACUGGAACAGAUAAAUACCAACUUGGUGGAUUACAUCUGGUUGAAGCGGGGCGAGUGGGAUCGGAACAAAGUAACAGAUGGGGUCAGAGAUACGUUUAAUGAGGUGCUAGAUGACAUACUCUCUAUGCAGGAAUUUGGGCGUGGUAGCCGGCAUACAAGGGAGCAGCUGAGUUCAAGCUUUUGAAUCGAACAUAAGCAUUCCUCGAUGAUGGUGGAUGAGGCAGCGUGAAUGUUUUGCUUGGAUUUUCUUUUCCUCCAUGUUUUUCUGGUUCCUUCGAUUUUCUCUAUACCAUCAAAUUCGCUUUGGCAUUUACUCGGAUUUAUGAGCGCGUCUUUUUUCUGCGUUUUCUCCCUGAUUGUGGCUGCGAAAGCUUCUGUUAUAAGAUUGAGGGCGGUUUUUCGGUGAUCUUUUUUUUUUUUUUUUUUUUUCAAUAUUACCCAUUUUCCUUCUGCAUAUACUUUCCACCUGUUUGGUCCAGACUUUUCGGCUUCGAGCUGCAUACACGCGCUGAUUGUUUGGGUUGUGUUGUCAAUGCUAUUACGAGCGGUGUUGUAAGGUAGCAUGGAAUCGAUCUUCUUCCAACCUGGACACAUUUCCCCCUGCUCAUUUCAUUCUUAUGAAUAUAGUCAAGUCUCCUAGAGAUAUGCUAUUAGACAGAGCCCCUAGAAAUAGAAUUCAAC